AAAUAAAGUGAGCGGAGGUUUCCGAAGACGCUCAAGAUGAUUUGAAGCUUAGGCGGAUAAAUGCAAGAUUUGUUGUGAACAUCCUGAAGAUAGCAACAAUUGCUUUGUUCAGCAGAGAGAGUCCUGCCAGUGCAUGGUUCAGUAACACAGGAAGCACAGCAGUGUGGCACAGUUCUGCAUCAAGUGAUGAAUGACUUGUGGCUGCCUGAGACAUUAAUGACAAGCAGCUCUGUGUCUGGAGUUUACUCUGAUGUAUUCGACUACAACUCAAAGAGUGUCUGAGUCACACCUUUGGGAUGAUGCUUCAUAUGCAGAGGAGUCAAUGCUAGCCACAUGUCAAUCAUCUGCUAGUAUAAACUGGAGAACUCCUUCAGGGUGCAAAGAAGCAACUGUGUCUCCGCUGUUAUCAAGAGAAACAUUAUCUUCACUAGCAAAUGAGCAGCAUUUGCAUCCUUGCACAUUAUGUGGGAAAAUUUACAAAAGAAAAGAUAGUUUGAAACGUCAUCAAACGUAUGAGUGUGGUAAACCACCACAGUUCCAGUGCCCUUUUUGUAUAAUGAAAUGCCACCAGAAAUUCAAUGUUGUUGCACAUGUUAGAGCACGCCAUGGGCAUCGUGACUUCAGUAGUGCUGAAUGGUUUACAUGGCCUGGUGGAUCACAGGCUGCUCCAGUUGACAAGAAAGGGCCAUUCACAUGUCCAGUUUGUCUUCGAAUUUACCGUCGCUCACGUUCUCUAUGGCGCCAUCAACGUUAUGAGUGUAGUACUGAAUGGCGUUCUUGGCCUGGGGCAUCACUGUCUUCAGAACUUGACAAGGAUGGACCAUUCCCAUGCCCAGCAUGCCAAAGAAUUUACCGCCGACGGAGAUCACUGUGGCGUCAUCAACGUUAUGAGUGUAACAAGCCAGCCCAGUUUCAUUGCCCUUUCUGUUCUUAUAGUGCUAAACAGAAAUGUAGUGUAAAACUUCAUGUUAGUAAGAAGCACAGCAUACCUGAUGAAAAUGCUUUCCGUAUAAAUUACAUACAAGACUCUUUGGAUGAUAUGUAAUAUAAAAUAAUUCUAUUUUGUAACUUAAAAAUCAAAUCUUUAGAAUAUUCUAUCACAUAAUUGUAAAAAUGCUACUAACUACGAAUUUGUGUAAGAAAAUUUGUUGGCCAUGAGUUAUUACUUUGAAAUAAG